UCUGAAGUAUUUCCGCAGAAGCGCAGUAAGAUCAUGGACCAGUCCAGUGUAGCGGGGACUGAGACGCUCUGAUGCCAUUUUAGCGUACGGCAUUUCAGAAAGACAAUCAGCGAAAAGUGAGAAACUAACUAUAAUUUCUUAACUGUACAUUUAUGAGGCGUUUUAUGGGCCUUUAGUCGCUUGGGACUCGAAACAGUGGCCUCCCUUUGUCUAAUGGUAAAUCCGCCUCUCCAGUGCACUAAAUCGCGACCCAGAGGAAGAAGUGGCUCUCAGUGGCUGGAGUUUCUCCCAGACAGUGCGGAGGGACAAAAUACCUCAGAUCAGGGAGUAUCAUGUAUAAUAGACAUAGAAUAUCUUUUUUUCAUAAUCCGAAAAAUAUCCCGAAAAAAGUUGUAGUCUAUCUCCGAAAAAAAGCGGUCCAGUGGAAAUCAGUUCGCUUCUCAUUCACUUCCUCAUGGCGAUGGCGGACUGAUCAGCUGCCGCAGUGUCUUUCUAGCGGCAGAUCCGAAAUGUCCUCACCCGCUUCCAGUCCGGGCUCAGAAAGAGAAAAGUUACUCAGCAACAGCCAGAAAUGGAGGUGGCGGAGCAGAGGAGGUGAAGUUACAACAAGUUCACCCGCUCAGAGCAGAAAGGAAUAAUUAAUUAGCGUAAACUACAAAAAACAAGCAAAAAAACUAACUAUAAUUUCUGAACUGUACAUUUAUGAGGCGUUUUAUGGGCCUUUAGUCGCUUGGGACUCGAAACAGUGACCUCCCUUUGUCUAAUAGUAAAUCCGCCUCUCCAGUGCACUAAAUCGCGACCCAGAGGAAGAAGUGGCUCUCAGUGGCUGGAGUUUCUCCCAGACAGUGCGGAGGGACAAAAUACCUCAGAUCAGGGAGUAUCAUGCAUAAUACAUUGAAAAUCUUUUUUUUUUUCAUAAUCCGAAAAAUAUCCCGAAAAAAGGUGUAGUCUCUCUCCGAAGCGGAAACAGGAAGUGUUAUAGUCAACAGAUGACGUUUAUAAAGUGAACGCGUUUGAGGAGACACAGAAACGCUGCUUGUAAGCUCACCUCAGGUCAUGAUACAAAGAAGCAGGAAAACAUCUUUCUCUCUGGGUUCAACCCCAAAACAACACCAUCAUAAUGCCCCAUAAAAUAAACAAACACAGCUGUAUGGACAGCCAUCCGGAUGAAGCCUCGUUUAAAACUCUGUGGCGUUUCUUUUUAUGGAGUGAAGGUGAAUAUUAAAGGUCUUCAAGCAGCGGCGACCAAAAAUCAAUAAAAAGCCCAGUGGAAAUCCGCUCGUUUCUCAUGGCGAUGUCGGACUGUCUUUCUCGCCGCGGACACACACACACACACACACAAAGACACGCAACUCCUGACGUCAUCACGCAUGCUCAGUGAGUUGCCAUACACUGCAGAUAAUGAUAAUAAGAUUGGACUGAAGCUUUGAAUUCAUGUUUUGUGUAUAUUAAAGCUGAACGGAAUAAAUACAAUGUUUAUUUCGAGUUAUGUGUUUUGGUUGAGUUUAUUGUCAGAGGAGUAGCAACAAAAUCAGGGUACUUACUUUACAUUGGGCCAUAAUGCAAAGGCAAAUCUCUCUCUCUCUCAAUACACGGAUCAUCGUAUGAAAGAACACUCAGGCUGAUAUCAAGUCAGCGGACUUUAGUUGUUAUCAAACAGUUCUCGGCUCUCGCUGGGCUUGUUUAUUUUGAGUGCUAUGACUGAUCUCAAAGACACGGCGUAUUUGUGCCACGGCUCGGAGAAUUGAGAUUCCUGUGUCUUUGGAUUCUAGCUCCAUGUCAAGUUACAAGCAAACUUCCUCAUUGAAGAUUCAGAUGUCUGACGUAUUUAGUUGAAUGCAUUCAAAGGAAAUCUUUCUCCCUCCCACCGCGAGCAGGAACAGGAGGUAUAUAAGGACUGACUCUCUUCUCUGCUCAGUUCCCUGCUGAACUUUGGAGGGUGUAAUGUGAAUAUUUUAUCCGCCGACAAGUGAGGAUGUGUAUGCAGAAACCUGGAGAUUUCAGAAUAACGAAGAACUUCAUAGUUUUUAUUUGGAAUUUCCUCUGUGCAGCCAUGUCUUUUACUUCCACAUGAGGAAACACAGAUCCAUUCGCUGAGAAAAACCUCCCUCUGGAAAGAGUCGAGUUACUGCGGAUUCUCCGCCCUGUACAGCCACUCCUCAUCAGUCACUGUACAUUUCCGUGUUUCAGUCCUGCAGGCUCGAGGGCUAUGUGGUGGAGGUGACUUUCCAGAAUCGCGGACAUCUUUUAUUUCAUGUUUCUCCGAGGUCUCUAGGCCGGUGGGCAGAAGAACUUUCUGAUGCGGUUUUCUGAGAAGCGACGGCUCCAUUUGUGUGAAACCUGCUCAUUGCGAUGGCUGUGUUUGCUUGUUUUGUCGGUCAUUAAUUCUGUUCGAGUUGAGACCAAAGAGAAGGAUGUUUUUCUGCGUCUUUGUAUUUAUGGCCCGAGUUCAGGGUACAAACAACGUCUCGACCUUCCCUCAAACGCCUUCAUCUUGUCACAGCAAAACAGUCGAAGUGGAGAAAUCCACAGAUCCUCACCCGUCGCUCCUGGCCGACCGAUGUUUCACUCCUGGCGCUGCGGAUGUGGACAAUAAGUCGGAGGUUUCAGAGUCAGGGCACAGUGAAGUUUCUAAAUGAUUAUUAGGGUAAGUUCGAGUUGCAGCUCAAGGGCCAAUCCGGCGACCAAUGGGUCGAAAUUCGUGGCCUUUUAUCCCCGUACGACGGAUAAUUGAUCUGGGCCUUUCAGCGUCGGAGCAUAACGUGUUAGUCAUUUAAAAAUAAUAUUUAGUAAUGGAAGUUUUAGUUGCAGUUGACAGGGCUAAGGGAUUUUCAGGUGACUCUCUUUGGAUAAAAUCUUGUAGUCGGUGGUGGCUCAGUGGACUCGAGGAAGAUUUCGAUUGAACUGCAUUUUAUUUGAGAAUGAAGCGCGAGGAUCACAGCCGAUACGACGGAGGUUCCGACCGCGCUUCGGUGCUUCUCAGUCCUCUGCUGGAUGUCUGAGCGCAGGAGGAGCGCAUGAUUUGCAUUCAAUUAUUUCACUCGUAUUUGCAAAUCGCAGAGUAAAAGGCUGAUCAUGACACUGGGAGGGCCAAUCUGCUCCUCAUCUCUCUGCAUGACUUUUGCACCUGGAGAAAAGGAUACAGCGACCGUCAGAAAUCAGCUGGACAGAGUGCACCAGUUGUAUCAAGGCCUUUGAUUGAGCAACAAUACACAAUGGAGCCCUCACAGCUCACCAACAUACAAUACCUUUGGAUUCUUCGUGACGUUCAACUAGAGCAAAAGCAGCUUCUGGAGGCCCUGAUGCAAGCACAGGCAGAAACCCAACAGAUGUUCCAGACCAUCAUACAGAGAGUGGGAUCUGAAGCUCGCAAGAAAGCCGUCUUGCAGUGGUCAGAGCAACAUCGUCAGCGGUUUCGCUCCUUGAUCCUCAGUGAUGUCGGCAACCCAUUUGCAUUUGCACAACAGCUCCAUGACCACUGUCAGAAGUGGUUGCUGGCUGAGGAUCAAGAUGCCAGAAGGAUUGUAGAGCGGGUGGUAAUGGAGCAGUUUGUUGCCCAACUUCCAGAAGUAACAGCCAAGUGGGUCCAGCACCAACAACCAGCAACACUAAACGAGGCCAUCCAAUUGGCAGAGAAUCACCUGGGAUCUCUCUCUCUCCCCUUCAACAUCUAUCUGAGUGAAGCAAUGCUAAAGGCAUGCUGGGUGAAGCGGUCAGAGCAACAUCGCCAGAGGUUCCGCUCCUUGACCCUCAGUGACGUCGGCCACCUAUUUGUGCUUGCACAAGAGCUCCAACACAACUGUGAGAAGUGGUUGCUGGCUGAGGAUCAUGACGCUGGAAGGAUUGUGGAACGGGUGGUAAUGGAGCAGUUCAUUAACCAGCUUCCAGAACAGACAGCCCACUGGGUUCAGCACCACCAACCAGCAACAAUAAAUGAGGCUAUCCAAUUGGCGGUGAACCAUCUGGCGUCUUUUGCUAUCUCUGCCCCUUAACAUGUCCCCAGUUUGGGGUAUUGGAAUAAAAAGAAAACCAGACAUAAUUCGUGACAUGUUAAUCAGGCUAAUAUUUUAUUUCGGACUCAAAAUCCUUAUUUCUACAAUAUUUAUUUCAUUAUUUACCUAUAAAACAGAGACAACCAUUCGAAUACCAUUAUUUGUAUGCGUGUAUUUAUUUCAUUUUAUUUUAUUUGUUUAUUGAUUAUCUUGAGCGGGGAAUUGUAAUCCAGUGGUUGUAACAUCAGUAUUGUCCUCAUAAUGGAGGGCGGAGUUUCUUCAGUCUGCAUCAUGUCCAGCUAAUGACAGUUCAUGGAGCAUAAACAAAGUGAAAACCUGUCUGGAAAAUGCCUUGUUACAA